GAAGACUUCUUUUGUUCUUGAAGAUGUUUGAUUCUUUAACUCUCUACACACUUGAAGUUUCUCAAGUUCUUUCAACUUUUGAUUCCUUUUUUAGAAACCCCAUUACCAUCCAAACACUUGUAUCUCUUAGUUUCUUCUCAAAGUCCAUCCAAACUCAUUUCCCAUGAAUUUUUUUCAACUAAAAAUGAUACCUUUUUAUGUACUUGCACUCCUAUCUACUGUAAGUACCUCUGUUUCAUCCUCUGCUAACAGUGACCUUCAUGCUUUAAUCACUCUCAAACAAGGCUUUGAGUUCACUUCUCCAGUUUUAAGUAGUUGGGAUUCUUCAAAACCAAGCUCAUUAUGUUCAUGGGCUGGUGUCAAAUGCUCCCAAGGGAGAGUCAUUUCCCUCGAAUUGUCGAAUAUGAGUCUUGGUGGCUCUGUGUCUCCAGUUGUGUCAAGUCUUGACAUGCUGAGUGAGCUCUCACUUGAUGGAAACAACUUCACUGGAGAAAUCAGGAUAUUGAAUUUGAGUAGCCUUCGAGUUUUAAGAAUAUCGAAUAAUAUGUUUAGUGGGAGCUUGGAUUGGGACUACUCAAGCCUAGCAAACUUGGAAGUUCUUGAUGUUUACAACAACAAUUUUACUUCUCCACUGCCUACUGAGAUUUCAGGUCUCAAGAAACUCAAGUACUUAGACUUGGGAGGAAACUUUUUCUUCGGAAAAAUCCCAGAGGGUUAUGGAAGUUUGAUUCGGCUUGAGUACUUAUCUCUUGCAGGGAAUGAUCUCCGCGGUAAAAUUCCAAAUGAGUUGGGAAAUCUAACCAACUUAAAAGAAAUAUACUUGGGAUAUUACAAUGAGUUUGAAGGUGGGAUUCCAAAGGUGUUUGGCAACUUGGUGAAUCUAGUCCACAUGGAUAUUUCCUCCUGUGGAUUGGAUGGUCCAAUUCCUCCUCAGUUGGGGAACUUGAAGUUACUUGACACACUAUUUUUGCACAUUAAUGCACUGUCAGGUUCAAUUCCUAAACAACUUGGAAAUUUAACAAACUUGGUUAAUCUUGAUCUUUCAGCCAAUGCAUUAUCUGGCCAAAUUCCAUACGAGCUCAUUCGCCUCCAGAAGCUUAAACUUUUGAAUCUUUUCAUGAACAGAUUACAUGGGUCAAUUCCAGAUUUCGUUGCAGACUACUCAAAUUUGGAGGUUCUUGGGCUGUGGAUGAACAACUUCACAGGCAUAAUACCGCGGAAUUUAGGCCAGAACAGGAAGCUAAAAAAUAUUGAUUUAUCCACAAACAAACUCACUGGUACAAUUCCUCCAGAUUUAUGUGCUUCAAAUCAGCUCACUGUCUUGAUUCUGCUUCGAAACUUUCUUUUUGGAUCAAUACCGGAGGACCUGGGCACCUGUUCAACCCUCGUAAGGGUGAGACUGGGGGAUAAUUACUUGAAUGGUAGCAUUCCAAGGGGCUUCAUUUACUUGCCUCAACUCAACUUAGUUGAGUUGCAAAACAACUACUUGUCUGGAACAUUGUCUGAAAAUGGAAAUCUUUCGACAAGUCCAUCAAAGAUGGAACAGCUGAAUUUGUCAAACAACCAGCUUUCAGGUUCUUUACCAGCUUCUUUCUCAAACUUUUCAUCCCUCCAAAUACUUCAACUCGAUGAUAAUAAAUUCUCCGGUCCAAUUCCUUCCUCAAUUGGUGAACUCCAACAAUUAUCCAAGCUUGACCUCAAGUUAAAUUCUCUGUCUUUUCAGAUCCCACCAGAAAUUGGAAAUUGUAUUCACUUGACCUACCUGGACUUGAGCCAGAACAACCUUUCUGGUCCAAUUCCCCCUCAAGUUUCCAAUAUUCGAAUCCUCAACUACUUGAAUCUCUCAAAAAAUCAGUUGAGUGAUACCAUUCCCAAAUCAAUAGGCUCUAUGAAAAGCCUCACAACAGCUGAUUUUUCUUUCAAUGAUCUCUCGGGUAAGCUACCCGAAUUAGGCCAAUUUUCUUUCUUCAAUGCUACCUCAUUUGCGGGUAAUCCUCAACUUUGUGGAUCCUUAUUAAACAAUCCAUGUAAUGUCAGUGAUAUGGCAAGUCAGCCCGGAAAAUCCCACAGCAACUUCAAGCUUAUAUUCGCGUUAGGCCUGUUGUUCUGCUCUCUAGUUUUUGCAGUUGCAGCAAUGUUCAAGGCCAGGUCAUUCAAGAAAAAUGGCUCUCAUUCUUGGAAAAUGACAGCAUUCCAAAAGCUCGAUUUCACAGUUUUCGAUGUCCUGGAAUGCAUGAAAGAUGGAAAUGUAAUAGGAAGAGGAGGAGCUGGCAUUGUGUACCACGGAAAAAUGCCAAAUGGGGUCGAAAUUGCAGUAAAAAAGCUUGUUGGAUUUGGUACAAGCAGCCAUGAUCAUGGCUUUAGAGCUGAAAUUCGUACUUUAGGCAACAUUCGACACAGAAACAUCGUCAAAUUGCUAGCCUUUUGCUCAAACAAGGACACGAAUUUGCUUGUCUACGAGUACAUGAGGAAUGGGAGCUUAGGAGAGGCUUUGCAUGGGAAAAAGAGCGCAAUUUUGGGCUGGCAUUUGAGGUACAAAGUCGCGGUCGAAGCUGCAAAAGGACUCUGUUAUCUUCACCAUGAUUGUUCACCAUUAAUCGUCCACCGCGAUGUGAAAUCAAACAAUAUUUUGCUGAAUUCAAGCUACGAAGCUCAUGUUGCAGAUUUCGGAUUAGCAAAGUAUUUAAUCGAUGGCGGUGCUUCUGAUCAGUGCAUGUCUGCAAUUGCUGGUUCUUAUGGUUAUAUUGCUCCAGAGUAUGCGUACACCUUAAGAGUCGACGAGAAAAGUGAUGUCUACAGCUUCGGAGUGGUUCUCCUUGAGCUCAUCACCGGACGUCGUCCCGUUGGAGAAUUCGGGGACGGGGUCGACAUUGUCCAGUGGGUGAAAACAACCACAAAUUUCCGCAAAGAACAAGUGAACCAAAUAUUCGACUCGAGGCUCACGACCGUGCCUCAUGACGAAGCAAUGCACUUGUUUUUCAUCUCUCUACUAUGCAUUCAAGACAACAGUGUCGAAAGGCCGACAAUGAGGGAGGUGGUUCAGAUGCUCUCGGAAUUUCCUCGUCACACUCCGGAUUAUCAAACAUCAUCUUCAUCUAUUGCUUGUCAAAAAUCUAAAAAACCCGAAAACGGAGAAGCUUGCACGAAGAAUCGACGAGAUCUCUUGGUAUAAUUAGAGUUUUCUUUGUUAUUAUUUUUGUUUAUAUAUUGGGUUGGUUUGGUUAUAUAGUCUUGCAGAGUAGAGUUGCAAUGUGCAAUAUUAGCUGGGGAUUAAUCAAAGUAGGAAUAAUUAUGCAAAUGUACUUGAUUAUGAGGGUGGGAUUAGUUCAAAGCUGGCUAAAAAAAGGUUGCAAGCUUAAUUAACGAGGGAUAUGUAUAAGUUUAUGUGUAUAUUAUAUUAUUUUACGCA